AUGCUCACGAAAGACCUCGUCGAUAUCAAACACCCACCCAUCGAUUCCAAGGACAAAGAUUCCAUGUCAGCCUUGGCUACUUGCAACGAUGACGAUGAUGAUGAAUUGGCUGGCGUCGGUACCCCAGAGACAGCUUUAUCCAGUAGUGUGCUCGAGCUGGCUACUGGACCACCUGAAUAUCGAGCAGAUGAGAGGAGCAUUGCUCACUGCUCCAAGGCAAGCGUCAAUUAA